AUGAGCUGUUCAAAGAAAACCGUCGAUUAUAUUAUUAUCUUUUUGCUUUUCUCUUUACUUUCCUUCGUUGCCUUUCUAGCCAUAUCGCCGAGCAGGAUUCUUCAAUCUUCCGCAUCUGAAAAAGUUAUGGAAGCUAGCAAUCCUUUGAUUAGGCUAUUAUAUCCCAUUAAAAACGAGCCGGUUUUGAGCAAAAUCCAAUUUCAAUACAUAGACAAGCAUGAUCCCGUCUAUUCCAAGAUUUUUCACAACAAAGUUGCCAAAUUGAGCCCGUUGGCACGCGAAAUUGUCUGCACACCCCAUUUUCAGCGCUUGUUUAAGACAUGCCAACUUGGGAAUAAUAUGAUCGCCUUUGAGCAUGCAUUUGGAAGCCGCGCAUCACAUUGCAAGGGCGUAGCCAAGCUUUCAACGACAUUUGCUGUGCUUUUGGCAGAAAACUCAAACAUCAUCCUGCAUCCCGCCGAGAUUCUUGCCGUUCAAAUUGCCGGGCUUCUUCACGAUGUCGGCCAUGGCCCUUAUAGCCAUGUGUUCGAGUCGAUUGCAAACAGGACGAUGAGCCCAAAUUCCUGGGAUCAUGAAACCAAUUCCAAAGGCAUAGUAAAAUACUUGUUCAACAAAAACGACGCCUGGAUGGCCAAAUAUUCCCUUCCUGCCGAUUUUGUCGAAGCGGUGUGUGACAUGAUUGUCGGAAUUGAGAGGAUCCAAUUCCAAUCCAAAUACAAUUCUUCGGCGGUUUUUAAAAGAUUCUUUGUUUUCACCAUCGUCAACGCCAUACAUGAGCACCAACUGGAUGCCGAUAAAAUGGACUACCUAAUGAGAGAUUCCUACUUGACCACGAAAUUGGAAUUUUGCGAGGCCUUAAGCUCCCACGUUGAAAAUGCGAUCCUAAAUGCCAAAGUCAUCAACGAUGCUAUUACGUUUUCUGCUAGCACGUCGUAUGACUUGUAUCACAUUGCCAAAUCUUACUAUCUUCUUUAUCGAUAUAUUUAUUAUAGUCCAAGGGGAUGUGGCGCAGAUCUUCUGCUUAAAGAUGCUUUUGAACAGAUUGGGCCUGCUCUCGAUGUAAAAGACAAGCUUGUCUGUUUAGAAAAGUUUGCCAAACUUACCGAUUCUUUCAUCGAAGAUUUUGCUUCUUAUGCAAUCAUGCACAGGUAUUCUUAUCCAUUGGCGGCAGAGCUGUUUGAGAGGUUUCUUAAUGGCCAAAUGUACGAUCUUGGGGGCUAUCGAGAUUUCUUCUACCACCAGUCUAAAGAUGACAAAGGCAAUCUCACUGAAAUCGCAACUGGAAAGUUGCUCGCCGCUACGCCAAGCUCCAUUACCAGCAAGGAUUUUAUUUUCAAGGUCUUUAAUCUAAGCUUCCUUUUCAACAAAGUAAAAGGCACCGAGGCAGCGAAUCCUUUACAGCGGAUUCCUUUUUAUGGAGUUUCUUUUCUUCAGAAUAUUUUCGAGCCUCCUCUAACGUAUGCAAAUGGAGAGUUUCUGUUUUCCCAUUUGCCGGAGUUGGACCUUUGCGGGUAUGACUCUGCCAUGCAUGCUGUCCAUUUUGGAUCUCUGCAACUGCGGCUUUAUAUUCGGACUCUUGAUCCAAUCAAAAGCGAAAUAAUCAAAAACGCAUUUGCAACCCUCUCGUUUGAGCAGCCAUUUUGA